AUGGUCACUUGCCAAGGCUGCGGGGAGACCACCUCGCUGCGGCUGUGCUGCCCCAGCUGCACAGAGGCCGGCCGCACUUCCUUUUUCUGUUCCCAAGAUUGCUUCAGGGCCUCGUGGGCCUCCCACAGCAAACUGCAUGCAGUGCUGCAGCGCGGCGCAGCAGCAGCGGGAGCAGCAGCAGCAGCAGCAGCAGCAGCAGGGACCCCAGGCGCAGCAGCAAGGGAGGACCAACUCAGCGACACGUACACAGACAGCACAGCAGCCAGCCACAGGAGAGACGGAGCAGGCAGCCCUGCAGACGAGCCCGACAGCAGCAGCAGCAGCAGCAGCAGCAGCAGCAGCAGCAGCAGCAGCAGCAGCAGGCCGGAAGCAGAGACCAAGGAUGCUGAGCCAGAAAAGCCCUCUCUCCCUGUUGUCCCUUCGCGCCUGUCUCGGGGCCUGGGGCUGAUGCAGGCGCGGGGUUCUACGCGGAGCAGCGGCAGCAGCGACAGCAGCAGCAGCAGCAACAGCAGCAACAGCAGCAGCAGCAGCAGCAGCCCCUCGAAGGUGCACGGCAGCAGCAGCCUCUUUUCCCGCUUCCUCCCCAGCAGCAAACGGCCCAUAGAACUCCCGCUGCACGUCAGGGGAGAGAAGAGAGGCGCAGCAGCAAGGUUUUUGCCUCCAGGCACAGCAGCAGCAGCAGCAGCAGCAGCAGCAGCAAGAGACCAGGGGACUCCCUCGGCCCUGUCUCCGCGGCUGCUGCUGCUGCUGCUGCUGGGGGCCCUCAUUUGCUACAUGGCCUUCGGGGGUUUUCUUUUCACGGCCACGGGGGGCCUUGCUGCAGACCCCCACGCUGCAGCGCAGCAGCAAACAGCGGAAGCAGCAGCAGCAGCAGCAGCAGCAGCAAGUUCCUCGCUGCAGACACUUGAGGAAGCUGUCGUGCAGCUCAGAGACAGACUUGCUGCUCUGGAGGGUUUAGUGGGGGAGCAUGAGGCCCUCUUUGGGGUCAUUGCUCCGGCUUCCCCUGCUGCUGCUGCUCCUGCUGCUGCUGCUGCUGCUGCUGCUCCUGCUGCUGCUGCUGCUGCCCGCGUGCAACGAGCAGCGGGGGCUUUCGGAGACAGCGUCGCCGCACACGAGACCGCGGGGCAUGCAGCAGCAGCAAGUCCAGCAGCAGCAGUCGCAGCAGCAGCAGCAAGGGCGCGGCCGCUGCUGCUGCUGCUCGAUAGAGCUCGAGAAGCAGCAGCAGCAGCAGAGUCUGCAGCAGCAGCAGCAGCGCCGAACUUCCCCCAACUCACGCAGCGCUCCUAUGCUGCAAAUGUUGGCAGCGAGGUGAGGGGGCCCCCAGCAGCAGCAGCAGCAGCAGCAGCAGCACCGGGCCCUUUUGCUGCGACAGCUACAGACACCGGAGCAGAAGCUGCUGCUGCAGAUCAAGCUUCACAAGAGCAGCAGCAGCAGCAGCAGCAGCAGCAGCAGCAGGAAGUGCCGCUUGUGGAGGAGACACCUUCUCGUCCUCUCAGCGAAGCUAUUGGGAACAGCAGCAACGAGAGCGAGUCCUUAGCAGCAGCAGCAGAUGCAGCAGCAGCUGCAGCAACAGCAGCUGCAGCGGCAGAUGCAGCAGCAGCAGAUGCAGCAGCAGCAGAGAAAACUGGCCUUGAGGCUUCUUCCCUUCUUACUCUGGGAGGGCACAGCAAGCGCAGCAAAAGGGGGCAGUUCGGACCAUAG